AUGAGCUACGCCGCGCCCCUCUGCAGCAAGGCCGUCGUCGAGCUCGUCGUCUACACCAUCCUCUACGGCGCCAUCUUCGGCUUCCACGAGCGCCGCGCCAUCCCUACCUACAACCGGAAAUUCCGCAAGUCGAAGAGCUACCACCUCCCCGUCCACAUCGUCACCGGCCUCUUCGAGAUCACCAGGUACCAGCUCCGCGUGGCCGUGCACGGCGAGACGGUCGCCCCCGGCCCCGUCGACGUCCUCGUCUGCCUCGUCUGGGCCUGGUCAAGCCUCGAGCUCGUCCGCUCGCUGCAGCGCGGCGACCCCCUGACCACGCGCCCUGCCUACCAGGCCGGCACCGUCCUCCGCCCGCUGGCCUCGCUGGCCGCCUAUGCCCUCCAGAGCCCCCCGCUGUACCGCGUGUGCGCCAAGGCCAUCAACAGCUUCCUCUACGCCCGCCUCGGCAUCUUCAUCGUCGACAAGUCGGGGUUCAUGCGGGAACACUCCAACGCUGCCGUCUACGCCAUAUGCAUCCCUCUGUCUGCGGUGCUCGGCAUUUAUGAGGGCGGCUAUCCCGGUGCCGUGCCCGUCUAUGUGGCCUCUGUCCUCGCAGUCGCCUGGCUCAACCGCUGGGUCUCCCGGGGGCUGCGAGAACAGCGCAGCCGGCUUGAUGACCCGACGGCAGACAAGUCGCUCAAGGACCGCUUCCUGGCCGCCAUGCUUGCCCUUGGCUUCGCCGAGCUGCCAGACAUCAAGAGGAUCCAAAGACGCAGGUCGCUGAGCUCCGACAUUAGAGACGAGUACAUCCACGUCCUUCGGCGAGAGUCGGGUGGCGUCGACUAUGACUCCUCCAGGCAGUCGAGCGUCGACAGCGACGUUCCAAGCGACUGGCAAGGGCCUUGGAAACUGAAACUGGGCGACAAGUGA